ACAGCAGCCGCGGAAGACGCGCGGACUGCGUCAGGGGAGCCGGGGGCUUCAGAAUUCUAAGAAGGAGAGGGGCGAGAGGGGGCCAGGGGCGGGCGGGCUGGGGGCGCCGCGCUCGCCCAACGGCACGGAUCCUUUUUGGAAAUUAAUAUUUAAAAAAAAGCCGAGGACGCAGAGGGGAAGGUGGGGGCAAGAGGGAAGGCGAGACACACAGAGAGGGAGACAGAGCCCCACAGUGAGAGGAAGGAAGGAAGAAAGGCAACAGUCGCCGGCAGCCGAUGUGAAGACCGGACUGCGUGCGCCCUUCGCCGCCUCUGCCCGGCCUCAUCGAUGUUGUGUCCGCCGCCCGCUCGCCCGGAUCACGAUGAACGCGCAGCUGACCAUGGAGGCGAUCGGCGAGCUGCACGGGGUGAGCCAUGAGCCGGUGCCCGCUCCUGCCGACCUCUUGGGUGGCAGUCCCCACGCGCGAAGCUCCGUGGCGCACCGUGGCAGCCACCUGCCCCCCGCGCACCCGCGUUCCAUGGGCAUGGCGUCCUUGCUGGACGGCGGUGGAGGCGGCGGCGAUUACCACCACCACCACCGGGCCCCCGAGCACAGCCUGGCCGGCCCCCUGCACCCCACCAUGACCAUGGCCUGCGAGACUCCCCCAGGUAUGAGCAUGCCCACCACCUACACCACCUUAACCCCUCUGCAGCCGCUGCCGCCCAUCUCCACCGUCUCGGACAAGUUCCCUCACCAUCACCACCACCACCAUCACCACCACCACCCGCACCACCACCAGCGCCUGGCGGGCAAUGUGAGCGGUAGCUUCACGCUCAUGCGGGACGAGCGCGGGCUGGCCUCCAUGAAUAACCUCUAUACCCCCUACCACAAGGACGUAGCCGGCAUGGGCCAGAGCCUGUCGCCCCUCUCCAGCUCCGGUCUCGGCGGCAUCCACAACUCCCAGCAAGGGCUCCCUCACUAUGCCCACCCGGGCGCCGCCAUGCCCACUGACAAGAUGCUCACCCCGAACGGCUUUGAAGCCCACCACCCGGCCAUGCUCGGCCGUCACGGGGAGCAGCACCUCACGCCCACCUCGGCAGGCAUGGUGCCCAUCAACGGCCUUCCUCCGCACCACCCCCACGCCCACCUGAACGCCCAGGGCCACGGGCAGCUCCUGGGCACGGCCCGGGAACCCAACCCUUCGGUGACCGGCGCACAGGUCAGCAAUGGAAGUAAUUCAGGGCAGAUGGAAGAGAUCAAUACCAAAGAGGUGGCGCAGCGUAUCACCACCGAGCUCAAGCGCUACAGCAUCCCACAGGCCAUCUUCGCGCAGAGGGUGCUCUGCCGCUCCCAAGGGACCCUCUCGGACCUGCUGCGCAACCCCAAACCCUGGAGCAAACUCAAGUCCGGCCGGGAGACCUUCCGGAGGAUGUGGAAGUGGCUGCAGGAGCCGGAGUUCCAACGGAUGUCUGCGCUCCGCUUAGCAGCAUGCAAAAGGAAAGAACAAGAACAUGGGAAGGAUAGAGGCAACACACCCAAAAAGCCCAGGUUGGUCUUCACAGAUGUCCAGCGUCGAACUCUACAUGCAAUAUUCAAGGAAAACAAGCGCCCGUCCAAAGAAUUGCAAAUCACUAUUUCCCAGCAGCUGGGGUUGGAGUUGAGCACCGUCAGCAAUUUCUUCAUGAACGCGAGGAGGAGGAGUCUGGACAAGUGGCAGGACGAAGGCAGCUCCAAUUCAGGCAACUCAUCUUCUUCAUCAAGCACUUGUACCAAAGCAUGAAGGAAUAACCACGAACUAAACCUCGGUGGAAAAGCUUUAAAUAAAAAAAAAUUUUUAAAAGACCAGGACCUCAAGAUAGCAGGUUUAUACUUAGAAAUAUUUGAAGAAGAAAAAAGCGUUAUUUAUAGUCCAAAGAAACCAAAGACUUCGCUCACCUGCAUUCUGACUUUGUUCGGAGACACACACUUCAGCGGGGCAACGACUUGGCAAGAAAAAUUAUGAGCGGGAAAGCACCACUGGAUUUCACACCUUCCAUCCAUGAUCAUUCUCGCUGUGCUUGGCUGUUCCGUGGUUUGGAGCAUAGUGAUUUUGAGCCAUUGAGUGGACAUCUCUUAAGAUCAGACUUUCUCAUCUGUUCCACCAUGCCGCGAAGGUGUAUGGUGUCUCAGUACUGUGUGUGGGUACGUGAGUGCAUACACACACACACACACACACACACACACACACACAUGCACACACCACCAGUGGUUAGGGACUUAGACAGGGCUGGUCUUCAGGAAGGGUUGUGCUAUAGGGGUACAACCAACAUAGUGUGGGGUUGUCUGAUUUCAUUGGAUAGGAAUGUGAUUUCGCUCGUCUAGCCUAGCGUUUGAACCUGCCAGGCCCGCAACCUAAAUGCAGAUUCAAACCCAGCAAAGAAAAUUUGAAUGACACCUAAACCAGUGCAUUCUCUUUGUUUGUUAAGGAAUGUUCAGAUAUUUUUUAAGAAAUGAAACAAGAGUUCAUCCAUUUAAAAAAAAUCACCUAGGUACCAAAGAACACACUUAAUAUUAUAGUGCAGGUAUUUUAUUGCAAUGAUUUUAAUAACCAAAGCUAUUUUUACACAAGAUACUAUGUAAAGUUAUACGUAUGAACUGAUCUAGCUGUAAUACACAUGCCACAUAGAAUCAUGACUAUUAUUUAUGACUCUUGAUGCAUUUGAAAUAUUAGUUUUCAGAACUGGCAAGAAAGAAUGUAGCUUCAGGGAAGCAAUUAAUAUCAUAACAGAGAGGUCAGUGUAGUGGACAUGUGCAUCCAGAUGGCACACUCCCUUUCGGGAUCCAUAAAUGAUACUUAAGUAGACAUAUGGACAUGAUCUGUUCAUAGCUGAGAAAACCUGGGGAUUCUUCCAAAGUAGGACCCCAUUUGUAAAUUAGAAAACUAAGUUUAACAGAGCAAGUAAUUAAAUUAGAAAAUUUGUUCUAAGUAAUGCUUUUUUAGUGAAAGACCACUGAAUAAAGGAUAUUAUACUUAGGUUAAUUUGACUUAAAGUUGCUUUAUGCAUUUGACACCAAAUACCUUUUUAAAAAUACUUUGCAAACACACAAAGUGAGCAGACCAACAUUAUUAUUAAAAUGAACUAUCCAGUAUUUAUAGUCAAAUUGACUUUAUUGCCAAUCUCAGAUAUUGUAUGACUUGAAUAUCAAUAGAAAUAGCAGAUGCAACUGAGAAAUGGUGGAAUAGUAUAGAAAACACCAGAGUUCUAGUCGAAGACAAGACUUUGGAUUCUGUAGGCAUGAAGCUAUUUAUUUCACUAAGCACAGCCUCCAAAGUGUACUACAUUCUUUCUUGCUACCGCAUUAAGCUGGAAAUUUUAUGACAUAGAGUCCACUCUCUGACAGGGACAGAGAAAACCCUAGACCUGAGCUUCCAAAGACAAAAUUUUCAAUCUCUAUUUUUCCAAAUCACUUAACCACAGCUGGAGAUAUCAAGGGGGAAGAAAAAAGCUAACACAGUUGUGCUAGUAGUACCCAAGUGAGUCACUUGCUUCCCAGAAAAAUUCUCUCUGAAUUCCAUUGAAUUGUAACUCAUAAAAGUGAAUACCUUUUGUACUAUUAGGUAAAGAAUUGGGUGCUCUUGGUUAAUUACCACCCCUAAUUAGAAAUAUAAAAUGAAAUGUUAUACCUACAAUAAGUUGUUGAUUGAGAGUCAUUAAAAUGCUAAAGAAAAAAAAUUUGAACUACCUUGACACAAAAACCUAACUCCCUAAGGUCUGAGCGUCUUGUCUAGGUCUAGAAGAGACAGGCACCUGGAGAGAUGAAGCUAAACCAACAAGCCAUCUGGGUCUCCUUCAUAUCUGCUGUAGAAUGAGAAAAGCAAACCAACACAUGCUUCUCCUUUAAUGAAAUAGCGCAUUUGCCUUGACACAUUUUGUCUUGGUAUAUUUUUUUUUAAUCUCACACCAAAUUCCAGCUUAAAAUUUUCCCUUCCAAACAUGGCACAAUUACAAGUCAACUAUUAAAAGAGACCAUUUCAAUGGCCACCCCUAGAGAUUUGCUUAACAUAUAAUCUUGUCGAUGACAUAAACCAAAAGGAAAAAAAAUGGAUUAACUUUUUCUCUCUCCAGAAUGGAGGGGGCCAGGAGGUACAGCUAUAUAUUUAUAAUUUAGGAGGGGGGAAAGCCUUAUUUAUUUAAAACAUGAGAAUUUUAAAUGCAGGGAAACUCAAGCUGUGUCUACACACAGUCUUACCAAAUUCAGCACCCCAGGGAAAACAAAAGUUAAAUUCGAACACCAUGGUUUUUUGCUUUGUUUUUGCUAUAUUACUCCUUCAGAUUAAUCCAAUUGCAUUUUACAUUUUUGACCAAUUAUUUUGGUACUGUGUAGACACAGUCUCAAAGAAAAUUACUACAUUUCUAAUAUUCCCAUCAUAAUGGUUUUUUGAAAAAUAAUCCAGUGAUCCUGUUUGCUAACACCAAAGAUAAAUUUCAUACCAGCAUUGAAUUUGCACCCAUUACACAAUUUCAGGGCCUAGAGAUAUAUUUUCUCAUAAACAGAUGCACAAAUCAGAGCCUGAAAAGCAAUUUUUUUACUAGACUAUUCAAGCAUACUCACAACCUUUGCUUUUUAGAAGUCAUAAUGGACAAACUCAGCUUCUCACGAGCAAUACACUCGUUACGUCAUAUAUGACUGAUUAUUGCUUCUAACGUGGCAUGUAGCAUUAGUUUAUGGCUCAGGUUUCUUAACCUACCACAUUCAGGGGAGCAGAUCACGUGCCAGUUGCUCACCCAUUAUUUCUCAAUCCUUUUGCAAAAUUCACCUAAAAAGAUAUCUCACUCUUUCAUUUGUAUGUUUGUUUAUUCCAACACUGCACUUCACAUAACAUGUUUUGGGGGGGGGUUUGGUAGAAUGGAAGUUAGACCGUUUUUGACCAUAAAUCAUUCAGGUCCUCUCGUGACUAUAAGCUUCACUGAAAGGGGGCAAAGAGAGAGAGUGGGAGAUGGGAAGUCUGGACAAUCCAAAAGCCCAGAUUUCAGUAAGUGUUCAGGUACAUGAAUUCUGGAUGUCAGCAACUAAGUAUCCAGUCCCUGGAUGCAGCUGGCCUAGAUCCCCAAACCCAAAGAGAAUGUGGAGAAAUUCAGACAUUCCAACUGAACAUGUCACUCACUCUGCUCCCAAAAAAGCAUAAUUACUUUUCCAGGACAAAAAAGUAAAAGUACUAUGCUACUUUUGGACUCAUGCCACUCCCAUUGCUACCCCAGGUGAAUGAUCCGUCUUUGCAGGUUAAAUGCAAACUUUGCUAUACCAAAGAGUCCUAGGACAUUUUCACAUGAGCUAUAAAGGCAUUUUCCCUAAGAAAGGUCCUCCCUUCUUUGUACAUAAAGGAUGAAAACUAUGCAUUUAGCAAACAAAGAGAAAGCACUUCUCCCUUUCCUAUCUAGUUGUUUAGGGUGCAUUCAAACACCAGAGGCCAUUUUGAGAUGCGAUUGGCCUUCUGGAUUAUUCUUGUGGUGUGGUUAGCUUUACAGUACAUUUGGUAACUAUUUCCUAAAUAGUAAGGACAAAGAAGCAGAAGGUAAGAAAUAGCUACUUCCAUGUGUUAAAAAAGAAAAAAAAGAAAAAAAAAGAAAAAAAAGAAAAAAAAAGGAAAAAAAGUGUAAAAAUCUACUAUUUAUAGUGUGAACCAAAGACGCUACCUCACUCGAUUUCCAUUGGUGAUUUUAAUCACAUUGAUGAUACCAAAGAAUACCAAAGAUAUUUUCAUGCACGGCCUUGGUCUGCAGAGGGAACUCCACCCUUUUCCCUCCCCCACCUCCCCCCCCCCCGACUCUUCACUCAGUGUGUAAACUUGUCUUCAUUCUUAAUAAUAAUGAUACGAAAUGAUAACAACAUUAGGAAAUACUACUCUUACUACUGCUAGUUCUACUUGUAAAUCUCUAGGCAAACAUGUUGCAAACUUUGUAAACUCCUAGGACGAGUGCCUUGCUUGAACCAAAGUGUUAAACCGCUGUUGACCUCUCACCUUAUACUCUUUGAAUACCUCAGCCUCUUAGAAAGGCCACUAAUGAAAAAAAAAAAGGAAUAAUUAUUCACCGUGGUGCUUUUUCCGUGCAACCAUGCAAUGAAACUUUCUUUGAUACCAAAGGAUGACUUCUUCCCCCCAAUUUCUUGCUGAUAAACCAAAGCUCCUCCUCCUCAUUCCCUCUCGAGGUUCUCCCACUUCACCGAGUCCCUUCACCAGGCAGGCCGUGCAUCACUUUUACCAAUUCCUCCAAAUACCUCAUAGUAAUAAAGUUUUAGGGUUAUGUUGUAUAGAGAGUCUAUGUGAUAAGGCAGAACUUACUAGUUUGAUAAUUGUUAAGGUUACUUUUAAAAAAAACUUUAUAAUUCUUAUUUAUUUUGUAGUUUGUAUGUUUGGGAUGUCCCCCACCCCCCCCUUCGGUUUGGGGUUUAUUUUCUUGGCAGAACUGCUCUGUUGCUCAAGGAAGACUUAAUUUCCAGAAAUGUUCCCCAGGUGGGUUAAGGGUUGUGUAAAAAUGCAAGAAUGGAAUAAGAAAUGAUUCUCAUAUUGAUGGUUACUUAUGAAGUUUUUGUGUUUCGUAGUAAAUUUGUUUCCACAGGGUAAAAAAAAAAAAUAUAUAUAUAUAUAUAUAUAUAUAAUCUCUUUUUUGUGAAACUGGUUCCUAUUUUUCUCUAUAAUGUGCUGUGAUUUUUUUAAUUUAAUUACAUUUUAUAUGAGCUUAUUUAAUCACUGCUUUAAUUUAUGACUGUGUAGUUUUUACAGUGUAUAUAGUAGAAUUGAAAUGGCCAAAGCUUUAUGUUACAAUCUUUUUGUUCUUGAUGCUAAGAUAAGCUGAAGGCAAGAGCUUCUCUUAACUGCAGGGUGUAUCUUUAGCUUUUUCUUAGCAGGCACUUCAAUGUGUGUUGUGAACACUGCCAGGUUCCCCCCUCAAAGAACUUGUACAUGCCAAAAUGAGUGUUUCGAGGUAGUCCUUUUUGUCACUUAGAAAGGAGAAAGGCAUUUAUUUGUGUUCUUCCUUUAAUUUAUUUUUUUUUUUUUAGAAAAGAUUAUUUUGCAGGUUAGACCUGAAAUUCCAAAGAAUUUAAGAGUUGUUUCAUGUUUCAAAGCACCGGCAUUUGUGAGAUACUUUACUACUUUUUUUUAAACCAUUCACACGGGUAUGAGAAGUAAAGAGUGUAAAAAAAAAAAAAAACAACUCAAAGAGGCAAGCUAACUUGAAUUUGGAAAUCCUCUUAAGUUUCACCAAGUUUCUGAACUGCUUCAAGGCAAGGGGCAGGGCAAAGGGGUCGUUCCUCUUGCAGAGCUGAGGGAAGUGUAAUGGCUUCAUGCCCUAACAGAAAGUCAAGCCUGAGAGGCAGCUGACCCAGCUCCUGCCUGGCUGGCCAACCCACAGAAGAAGCAACACUUGAUGGCUUGGCUCCAGUUAUCACGGAAAAUGCUUCACAGGUACAUUUUCCUCUCCACAUCUGUUUCUUGUAAUCUGCUACCUACAAUUCCACCCCCUCCCCCUACCCCCACGCCCCCCGCCCACCAAAAUGGCAAGAGCUCUCCACAAAUGUCAGAGUCUCAAGUGAAUGUCCCCAGCCCUACUGGAGUUGGUCUCUUAUCACUCUUCGUCUUCCCACUACUUUUCUUGUCCACACCAGAGAUGGGCCCCGCCCCAGGCCCCCAUAAUCGAGGCUAUUCAGAUACUUGACCUGCUUUAGGUCAACACACACACACAAUUCUCAGCCAACUAGUGGCAUUCUCAGAAGCGCCGGUGCCCACUGCUUUGUUUUAUGUUGCUGAAAUAAGUUGCUUCAACUCCAUGGCAUAAAUCCAUAGAUGUAAAUAUUUUCCCUCUCAAUACAAAAAUUUUAUCUUAUUUUCUUCUGCAGGGGUCUUAGGGGUGGGGAAAGAAAGGGAGGGCUUAGACUUUGGGUCAAAUGUUCCAUUUUCUUAGAAACAUUUUUAUACUCCUUAUGUAUGUUAAUAGGGCAAUAAAUCUCCUCUGAGUUGCAGGAUCAUUGGUAAGCAUUGACUAAUUAUUUGUUUUUAAUUCAAAUGCUGAGCAGUGAGUUACAGAAAGCCCAGGAAAAUGGUUGAGGAAGUAGACUUUUACCAUCAGCAAUGAAACGCUGAACAGAGUUGUAUUCACAAGGUCAUAUUUUCUGUUUCUGUGUUAGUUUUGAUUUUUUGUGUGUGUAGUAUGUUCUGCAUUUAUUACAUAAUCAUUGUGGGCUCAUUUUAGAUUUGCCAUCUGAACCAAGUGACAAGUAUUUUUUAACAAAAUAAAAUUUAAAACAAUGUCUUCCACUUGCUUCGGUAGUUGUCUUCAUAUCUCCCUGUGUUUCUUGUCCCUUCAGAAGGCGGCCCAUCUGUCACUCACUUAGACCUGUCCCUUCCCCCCUUCUAUUUUCAGUAUACCUUUGACCUUAGCUAUUGUUUGAGUGUGACUCAGUUUCCCUGUUCAAGUUAGCUUGAUGGUUUAUUAUGUAAGGAGGGUGCCUAAGACAAUCAUCAGGUAAAAAAAAAAUUAAAAAUUAAAUUUUAAAAAGAUCAGUAGAGUAGAAAAUCUUCCAAGAGCAGAGGGAGUUCUUCCUUAGCAAUGAAAAAGAAAAAAAAAAGUAAAUACAUAAUUAAAUAAUUAAUUAAUUUAAAAACCUAACCAUGAGGGGCUUAGAAGAUUUUUGAUAAAAGACAAAUGUUGCUGUCAUUUUCUUUGUCAAUUAGAAAGCAGUGGUAGUUUCUACGUUGCAUCUACAUUUCAGACUAAAUGAUUAUUGUACCCAGUUAUGGUUGUUUGCUAAUAUUUUGUCUCUCUCUCUUUCUCUCUGUCCAAUGCUUCUUCUGUAUUUUUGUGUGUAGCAACAAAAAGUGUAAUGCAUUAGGCAUUAUUCUGGUUUGUUUAUGAGUAUCUCCUGUACUGCAUUAAGGUUUCUUUCAUUUUUUUUUAAGCUUCGCUACUGUUCUCACUUUAUGCCGUGCAAUAUCAUCUGCUGUGUUUGCUAAGCAAAAAAGAAAAAAAGAAAAAAAAGCAAGUGAUGAUGCCAUCAUGCUUUUCAGUGUUAAAAUGUUUCAGCAUUUAUGUAGUC